AUGGGAAGGGACCGGAUGAGGCUACAGCAGGAGGUGAUAAUAACGGAGACCAAUGACGCGUCAGCAGAAAAUGGUGACGAUGAGGGUGACGAUGCGCUGUUCUAUGAUGCAGAUGCUGACGUGGAGGAUAGUGAUCUAGAUGGUAAUGAUGAUCGUGCUGGCGGUGGUGAUGGUGCUGAUGAUGGUGCUGAUGCUGAUGAUGCUGAUGUCGAUGAUGCUGAUGUCAGCUAUUUCGAUGGUGAAAUUAUUGGUCUUGUUGGGAGUGCCAGUGCAGCUGACGAUGGGGAUUGCAGCAGUGAAAGAUCCAACGGCUUGCAAUCAGGACAAAACAGCAUGCCCCAUGCUGCUGCUGAUGCUGCUGCUGCUGCUGCUGCUGCUGCCAGUGCUACCAGUGCCACCAGCAGUGCCGCACACUGGCCAUGCCUGGCAGCUGCUGGGAACCUUCCUUCCAUCAGGCUAGGCGAAGUUUGCGAGUCUGUUGCCAUCGAGUCUGCUUCCAUUCAGCAGGAUGCUUCCCAUGCACGGGUGUGCCCGCCUGCGGUUGUCCCAUGGCCGUUUCUGCACAGGGAGGAGGAUGUGAUGGGGGUGCAUGGGACAGAGCAUGGCAUGGCUCACGGCAGGGGGGGUCCUGAAGCCAUUUGCCACGAUGCUAUGCAGAAUGGUGAGCAGCAGAACUGUGAGCAUGAGGGCAAGGACGACAGGGGAGUUGAUUGUGUGGGAGGUGGUGUUAUGGGUGCUGUUGUCACCAUGCAAGCUGGUGGUAUACCACCUGGCGAGGGUUUUGCCAUGCAUGAUGCCAUGGAUGGUUCAACUGAGCAAACCAGCGAUGGAGGGAUUCUUUUCGAACCCAAAACCGAACCUGAAGCUGAAGUUCGCCAACAGCCACCGGCUCAACCCGAACGUCGUGCUGGACCUGCACCCGAACCUGCAACCAAACCUGGUCCCGGACCUGGACUUGAACCUGAUUUUGAACCUGGAGAGAAGGUCCUGGGACAGGAUUCUCCGGAACCUGAGCCUGAGGCUGUGCCAGGCUUGUUUCCGAACCUGCCUGAUGACGUUGGGUUGGAUAUCCUGUCCCGUCUUCCGUGGCUGAACCUAGCGUCGGGCCGGUCUGUUUCCCGAGCCUGGGAGCGAGGUCUGGCAGGGGAGGAGGUUCGGGAGCUGAGGAGGAGGAGCAAGAGGCUGGAAGAGUGGGUGUUUAUGGUCGUGCCUUGGGAGGGGGGUGAGGGGGGUGGUGCUGGUGAUGGGAGAGGUGUUGGUGAUGGGAGUGUGGGAGGGAGCGGGAGGAGCGUGGAGGGAAGGAGGGGAAGUGGGGAAGGGAGGGGGAGGGGUAUGGAGGGGAGGGAGAGGGGAGGAGAAAGCAGGGGGAGAAGUGAGUUGGCGAUAGGAAUUCUCGUGGCAGCUGCGUCAGAAGCAGCAGUGCUAGCAGCUGUGGUCAAGGCAGGGGGGCAGAGGAGGGGAGAAGCAGAAGCGAUUGCGGCGGUACAGGGAAAAGCAAGGGCAGAGGGGAGGAGUGUGGCGUGGGCAGGAGCAGAAGCAGAAGUGAGAGCAGGGACGAGAUAG